UGCUGCUGGAUCGAGGACACUUGGCGCCGAGGCGCGACAUGAUUUACGUGCCGGAGGGACUCGCUACUUACACGUACAUCAACACAGUUCCGCAGUGGAAUUCAAUCAAUCAACACAAUUGGGAGAUAAUGGAGAGCUACGUACGAAAUAUGGCGACGACUUUACACAAAGACUUGACCGUAAUAACUGGUUCGUACAAACGAUUGCAUUACCCCGAUGAGAAAACCCCCAAAAUACCGAAGAACGUUUACUUGUAUUACGAUAAACACGGACCCCAAUGUCCGGUACCGUUGGCAACGUACAAGAUCGUCGUCGAUCCGACCACCAAAAAAGGUCUCGUUUUCGUAACUUCGAACGAUCCUUACUUGCUCAGCACGGACAUAACUCCUGAAUAUCGUAUCUGCACCGAAACCUUGAAAUUGGACGAUUUGGCGUUCAAAACGAUAAUCAAACACGGCUACAGCUACGUGUGCUCGGUUAAAGCAUUUUUGGACAAAACCGAAUUGCGCUAUCUGUUCGACGAGGACGUGCUCAGCGUUACUGGAAAUUUGAAUGAAAAACACAUAAAAGUGACGCCGGUACAAGAAGUAGCAAAAGAACAAGUACACGAUUAGAUUUUUCGAUUUAAAUGUUGAAAUUUGCCAUCGUUUGUCAAAAUAAUGGUCAAAGUCAUGACGUAAAG